CUUCUGUUUUUUCUGCCUUUUGUUUAGUUCGCAUUCAAAAGCUCUCUCAGUCCCUCCCUUUUAACUCUCUCUCUCUCUGGUUUCUUUCUUUUACUUUUGGUUACUGAAGAGGUUUCUGGGAAGAUUCAGCUGCAAAAGUUCUUAGUUAAUCUUAGGAAGCAAGCAGAGCAGCUCGGGGUUAUGGUUUGGAUGAAAUAGUACGGUAAUGAGAAGAUAGAACAAGGUUAAAAGGAGCUUCUGUUAAAUUAUCAUGGAUCAAUCAGAACAAACGCAACAGCAGCAGCAUCAACAGCAUCAACAACAGCCUGUAAUGGGAGUUGUACCUGGUGCAGGCCAGAUGGGAUAUUCUACUGGUCCUUACCAAACUGCUUCCAUGGUUGCUUCUGGUACUCCAGCAGUAGCAGUCCCUUCACCAACUCAGCCUCCAGCUGCUUUCUCUAGUUCUCCACACCAACUUGCCUACCAACAAGCUCAGCACUUCCACCAUCAACAGCAGCAACAACAACAGCAGCAGCUUCAAAUGUUCUGGGCCAACCAAAUGCAAGAAAUUGAGCAAACAACCGAGUUCAAGAAUCACAGUCUCCCACUUGCCCGGAUCAAAAAGAUAAUGAAAGCGGAUGAAGAUGUGCGGAUGAUAUCAGCAGAGGCUCCUGUUAUUUUUGCAAAAGCUUGUGAAAUGUUCAUUUUAGAGCUAACUUUACGCUCUUGGAUCCAUACAGAAGAGAACAAAAGGAGGACACUACAGAAGAAUGAUAUCGCAGCUGCCAUUUCAAGGACUGACGUCUUUGAUUUCUUAGUUGAUAUUAUUCCAAGGGAUGAGUUGAAAGAGGAGGGACUUGGGGUCACCAAGGCCACUAUUCCUUUAGUUGGUUCACCUGCUGAUAUUCCAUAUUACUAUGUCCCACAGCAUCCUGUAGGACCCUCUGGGAUGAUAAUGGGAAAGCCUGUUGAUCAAGCUGCAUUGUAUCCAGGCCAGCAGGCUCGACCACCCAUGGCUUUCAUGCCAUGGCCCCAAGGUCAGCCACAGCAUCAGCAAUCUCAACAGCAGCAAAGUGAUUCUUGAUGAGAAGGGAGGAGCGCCAAUACAUGGUAAUUGGUUUGUUGCAGUGACAUUUCUGAGUCAGAAAUCAAAUCUAGCACUGCUUUAUCCAUAGUUAGGUUGUAAUCGUAGGUUAGGCACAAGCUGUAACAUUGAAAGUGGAUGGUGCCGCUUUCAAUCAAUGGCAGCUUUAACAUGUAAUGCAUUCGGGUUUGCGGUUUGGUUCAUGAUUUUUCCUGCUCUUUGUGCUUCUUGCGAGCAUUUUUUGCUUGGAAGGAUCUUGGCCAUUAUAUUAUUAGCUUGCUUGAAAAUAGGUUGGAAGAGCUUUAGAAGGCACUUGUAAGUUGGAACUGAUAAGAAUUGGUACUUUCCUGAAGACAAUCAAACGUUAUUUUAUGCGUUUUCA